AUGAAAGAUGAAACCCAGCGAAACGUGGGCGUUGGCACCCGUCAAAACAUCUCCCCCCGCCUCGGUGCUGCUGUCGAUCCCAGCAAUGCUCCAUCGCUCUUGGAACUCACAAAGGCACUGGUCGAACUCUGCCGAUCGACGAAUCCAGAGACGAAUUGGUCGCAGAAAUUAGGAGCCAAAUCCUGGACACCCGUCUUUUCGGCAUCGCCGGAAGUGUUACAGAACACCCACAAUGACACUGCCGUGGGACGAUUCUUGCCACCUGGAAUCAGUUGCCUGUCGUUUUCGUCCAGUACCAAUGAAACGGGGACGAUUUGCAAUCAGAUCAAUCCAUUCUUUGGCGGCCGCCGAGCCGCAACCUUUCGUGUCGAAGGAACCUACACUCUCAACGAUCGAACCAUGACGCUCGAAUUUGAACAAUUGACCAUUCGGUUGUUGGGUGGAAUCAUCACACUGCCAUCGCUGGAUAUACGAGAAGGACGCGGCAUCCGAAGUCUGUUGGAACGAUUGGUACGAGGGGGAAAGAAAACUGCGGAAAAGAAGAAAACCUUUGAAAAGCGACCCAACACUUACUUCUGGUUCUAUGCCGACGAACACAUUUGUGUGGCACAAGGAUCCAGUGGAUCGGUGGCAGUUUGGGUUGCGGCUGAUGACCAGGAUACCACCACCAACUGCUCCGAAGAAAGUUAG